UUUGAAAUAUAGCAAAAUUUUAAACAUUUUGUUAUAAAUUAUUAUUUUUUGAUAUCUUAAAUCAUGUUUAAUAAGUUUUUAUAGAGUUUUAUAUUAAUUUACGUUUAUUUUCUGGUAAAUUAUUUAAAAUUGGACCUGUGCAAAUAUUUACAGCGCCAUUAACGGUGACAACUGGAACUAAACAAACAAUCUUGGCGUUUUUUAAAGUAUUUUGACAAGUUUUCAAGUUUUUUUCUCUUUUAACACAAAUACAUUGUUUAUUAAGCAUUCAUAGUGUUACAAUAUUAUAGGUUAUUGCUUAUUUACUGCAAUUUUCGCGUGCAACCAUCAUAAAUCGGUUCGUUUGACGAUCAAUAUCGAUAAUAAUGUAUUGUUUGGGUGUACUUCCUUCGUAACAAUAAUCGAAACACUUGGAAACAGUGAUUAAAUGCACACUUGACGGAUCUUCACGUUGGCAGUAGUCCCACAUGUAGUUGAUAUUCAACCUAUAAACCAAAAAUGUUACAUCAUAUAUAUGAUCAAAUUCAAAUUUACCGCCGAUUUCUACAUGUUCGCCUCCAAGUCUGACUUUCAAAUCAGCAUAUAUAACCCCUAACCUUACAUUAUACGCAUCCAAAUCAAACACAACAUGUCCAAGCGAAAUAUCGACGAAUUACUCGAAAAUGAAACGAAUCUUCCACGCAAACAAGUGAAAUUCGAUGAUAACGUCAAGAAGCACACAUUGGACUCGGACGAAGAAGACGAUGACAAGGAUAAAUACAAUAUCCUCGACGAUAACGACAUAGAAGGCGAAGAAGACGCGUCGCUCGACCGGCAAGAUGGUGAUGUACGAAUGACUGCGUUUAAUAUGACCGAAGAAAUGGAAAUGGGGCAUUUCGAUAAAGACGGACACUUCAUCUGGAAGAACGAGAAGGAGGUGAGGGAUAAUUGGCUGGAUAACGUCGACUGGCAACGCGUGAAUAUCGCCAACAACGCCGGUGAUGCAAACGCGCAGAACUCUGAAGAAAAAGGCCUUGGUGAUGAAAGCGACGAUGAUAACACACCGGAUUUCGAUCAUAUUACCAGCUAUAGACGGGUGAUAACAUUUUUAAAACCCGGUGAGACAAUAAACAAAGCUCUGAAGAGACUUGGAGGUGAUUUAAGCAAAAUGUCCACCAUUGAGAGGAUAAAACAUAAAAAAGCUGGUACUUUGGGCAGUAAUAAGGAUGUGGUUGAAUUAACUGAACUUGCAAAUGGUAUUUUAACACAUUUGGGGAAUAUGGAUGUGUAUCAGGAGACUUAUGAACAGAUUCAACUUAAAUUGAAUAAUCAUGAUAAGAAGAACAAAUCCAAGGCGCAUAUCGUCGAAGCAGAGUUUGAUAUGUACUCGGAUGAUUUCGACACAAAAUCAGCGUCGGUUUCAACUUCUACAGUAGAAAAUUUAGGUAAAAAGGAAGAAACAGAGGAGACACAAUUAAUGUGGGAGUUUAAAUGGGAUCAGGCGAAGGAUGAGAUUGAGGGGCCAUUUGACACGCGGCAGAUGAACAAAUGGGCGGAGGAUGGGCAUUUUAAAACUGGUGUGUGGGUAAGGAAAUGCGGCGCACAGGAUUCGAAUUUUUAUUCGUCAAAUCGCAUUGAUUUCGAGUUAUAUCUUUAGAGUAGGUUUAAAAUAAUAAUAUUUUAAUAAAAAAAAAAAUUAAAAUAGGCCCUUAGUAUUUUUCGGGAUAACGAAAUAUCACUUGAGAUCCGCUUGACUUAUUUAAACCACCAGUAGCGAAUUAGGAAUAAGCCUAAGAGAGGAGAGGAGACCCUAGAAAACUGCGAACUUGUCUCUUUUUAGUGUUGUUUCGUUAAUUUUGAAAUCAUAUCGAUUCUAACGAAGUUUUCACUUCAAAUCGAAGAAAAUAUAAUGAAUAAAAUAUCCGCAUUAAUAUAAACACGAAAUAAACGAGUGACUUGGUCAGAUUUUGAAGAAAAAUAGGCCUCUAAUAUUUUUCGGGAUAAUAAAAUAUUACUUGAGAUCCGCUUGACCUAUUUAAAUCACCAGGACCGAAUUACGAAUUAAAAAACAUUAUGCAGCUUCAAUAAUAAAUCCAACAACGAAUUAAACCGUGAAAUGAAACAAUUUGUGACAACUGAAGUGGACACAUCGAAAUCAACAAGAAGGGCGGAGAAUCAUCUAAUAAAUAAAACAAAAUCAUUACAAAACAA